AUGACGACCGCCGCCGCCCCUCUCCAAUUGACACCCACACCAGCCGCCGAACCCCAAAGCCGCACCAAUGGCACGAGCAACGUAAAGACCGCCCAUGAGGGCAUCACUAUCCCCCGCGGUCCCGUAACCUCGGAGCUCCAAUUCUACUCCGCGCCCAAAGACGGCUCGGCACCCUACCAAUACGUCGAGGCCGCCCCAUCAGGCGAAGCGCAGCGCAACUUCGGCGAAGAGUCUCACGAGGUCACAAUCGACGACAUCCGCGGCAAAGAGCACACCUUCACGCUCAACGACAACGCCUUCGAAACCCUCUCCGGCAUCCAGAGCAACGAGCACGCCUUCCAGGACGAUGAGCGCAUAAAGGAAGUCUAUUACCCGGAGGUCGAGAAGCUGGUCCUCGACAACGUGCCUGGCGCGCAUAGGGUGCUGCUCUUCGACCACACGAUCCGUCGCGCGCAGCCGAACGCGCAUAGGGCGCCUGUUACGAGGGUCCAUAUUGAUCAGACUCCUGCGUCCGCUGAGGCGCGCGUAAGGCAUCAUCUGUCUGACGAGGCGGACGAGCUGCUGAGAGGUCGGUACCGCAUCAUCAAUGUGUGGCGCCCGCUCAAUGGGCCUGUUGUUUCGUUCCCGCUCGCCUUCGCGGACUCUGCCACGACGCGUGAUGAGGAUCUCGUGGGCAUUCAGCAUCGGUAUCCGCACCGCACGGGCGAGACGGCAGGGGUGAAACACAAUGAGGGACAGCGGUGGUACUACUGGAGCGGGAUGAACGAUAGCGAGAGGUUGUUGCUCAAGUGCUUUGAUAGUGACGAGACAGCUGGGCGGCGGGGACGGGUGCCGCAUACCGCAUUUGUGGAUCCGAGGACCCAGGAGGGGUGGCCGGCCCGGGAGAGUAUUGAAGUGAGGGCGCUGGUCUUUGGUUAG